GGAAAUGGUACAUACAUUGCUCCAUUCCCACACCAAUUUGUAUUCCUUAUGCAGGACGAGCUUCAGUGAAUGCUAUAUCACCAGUAUAAGAGAAAGGGUUACCAGACUGUUGUGUAUUCGACAGUGCUGAGUUCUCUUCAGGUUCCUCAGCAUCUGCUCCAGUUCCUGACCAGACUUUCUGCAUUCAUUCAGUACUUCUACAUGGUUGUUUGGCAAGACAAGUAUAGUGAAGCAGCGGUGGUAUAAAGCAGAGACAGACUGGGAUCAAGCCCAGGUUCCAGGGAGAAGUCACCAGAUAUUCACCAUGGAGAAAAGGUCCUUGAAGGAGAUACCGUCUCUGAAGGAGAGGAUGGGGGCACAGCUGAAGGAACUAAACCUGAACCCUAAAACACUGAAAAACUCGAAAAAAGCAGUGAAGGGAUUCACAGACUUCAUACAGAACAAGGAGACGGAGGAGACAGACAACAGCUACGAUAAUGAAGAGAUGUUGUUGGCGCUAGAGAAGGAGUACAUUGACGCAGCAAAAAUAAAUGAUGUACAGACCAUGAAGCUUCUGGGGAAGGCGGUCAAUGUUGACGCAAAGAACUUGCAUGAUCGCACUGCCCUGCACUAUGCAGUAGCUGGAAAAAACAUAGAGGCCGUCCAAGUACUUCUACAGCGCAGAGCAAAUCUCAAUCAAGCGGACAAGCAUGGAGUGACAGCCAUCCACCUGGCUGCCUGGUUUGGGAGUGUAACCAUCAUGAAGUUGCUUGUGCAGGGUGGUGCUGACCCAAGUGUUCAGAAUGCGGUGGGACUGAACAUCAUGCACUGUGCUGCCAUCAACAACCACACCGACAUUGUGACGUUCAUUAUCUACGACUUGAUGAUGAAAGAACUGGACAAAGAGGACCUGUCUGGACACAGGGUGUUUGCGUCGGCAGCAGAGCAUGGCUCUGUUGAGAUGCUGCAGAUGUUGAUGGAGGAGGCAUACAAUAUGGCCACCAUGGAGGAAGACCAGAAUGGGGACACACCUCUGCACUUGGCUGCCAGCAAUGGCCAUUUGGAUGCCGUCCAGCUACUGUUGAAGAGCUUUGAUACUCGUGAUGAAGUCAAUAAGCUUGGGGAGACGGCUCUGUACCUGGCUGCUGACGCUGCCCAUGAGGACUGUGUCCAGGCUCUGUUGGAGGCAGGCUGUGACCCAAACAUUGUCACCAUGGGCCAAAGCAGUGCUCUACACCCUGUCUCAGAGAAGGGUUACACGUCGUUGGUGAAACUCCUCAUAGAGAACACAGCCCAGAUGGACUUACAGAACCAGCACCUCCAGGCUCCUCUCUACCUGGCAGUGAAGAACUGUCACAUCCCUGUCAUCCACACACUGCUGGAGGCUGGCUGCAACGUCAACAUCACUGAUCAUAGGUCCCAGACUGUCCUGCAUGUAGCAGCAGAGCUGGCCAGAGUGGACAUCGUUGACAUGCUUCUGAAAGCUGGGAUGGACCUGACCCUCCAGGACAAGCAGGGUAAGACAGCACUGGCUGUGGCAGCCCGAGCAGACGAAGUCAUCAUCGUGGACAUGAUCAUCAAGGCAGAGAGAUAUUUCACAUGGAGGAGGGCCAACACUGAGCUUAAUGAGAACCUUCACAGCCAGUCUCCGCUGACGUUUAAAUUAGACCAUCGCGCGGAGAGCAAACAUGUCCGCGGUACGGCCUGGCACCUGGCCUACCGCCUGCUGGAGCCGGGUGACUGGAAGAGGCUGGCGCUGCACUGGCACUUCACCGAGCAGCAGGUGGCUGCCAUCGAGGAGCAGUGGACAGGGAAGCGGAGCUACCGGGACCAUGGGAACAGGAUGCUGUUGAUCUGGCUCCAUGGGUCAGAGCUGGCCCAGUUGAAUCCAGCUAAAGAGCUGUACCAGGGUCUGCUUGCCAUAGACAACAAGAACGUAGCAGAUAAAAUACGAAUGGACACAGAGGACGGGGACAUGAAGAAAUGCAUCCUUUCAUAAAGGGUGUCGACAUCUACAGACAGACAUACGUUCAGUCAACCAGAUUCUAUUUUUUCCCAAAUGAGAGCAUUUGUGUGGUUCUUUUUCCAUGGAUCCAUAUAGUAGUACACAUUUCCACGGAUCCAUAUAGUAGUACACAUUUCCACGGAUCCAUAGUAGUACACAUUUCCACGGAUCCAUAGUAGUACACAUUUCCACGGCUCCAUAGUAGUACACAUUUCCACGGAUCUAUAGUAGUACACAUUUCCACGGAUCCAUAGUAGUACACAUUUCCACGGAUCCAUAGUAGUACACAUUUCCACGGAUCCAUAGUAGUACACAUUUCCACGGAUCCAUAGUAGUACACAUUUCCACGGAUCCAUAGUAGUACACAUUUCCACGGAUCCAUAGUAGUACACAUUUCCACGGAUCCAUAGUAGUACACAUUUCCACGGAUCCAUAGUAGUACACAUUUCCACGGAUCCAUAGUAGUACACAUUUCCACGGAUCCAUAGUAGUACACAUUUCCACGGAUCCAUAGUAGUACACAUUUCCACGGAUCCAUAGUAGUACACAUUUCCACGGAUCCAUAGUAGUACACAUUUCCACGGAUCCAUAGUAGUACACAUUUCCACGGAUCCAUAGUAGUACACAUUUCCACGGAUCCAUAGUAGUACACAUUUCCACGGAUCCAUAGUAGUACACAUUUCCAUGGAUCCAUAGUAGUACACAUGUCCAUGUACCGUCAGAAGUUUACAUCCACUUAGGUUGGAGACAUUCAAACUCGUUUUUCAACCACUCUACAAAUUUCUUGUUAACAAACUAUAGUUUUGGCAAGUCAGUUAGGACAUCUACUUUGUGCAUGACACAAGUAAUUUUUUGACACAAGUAAUUGUUUACAGACAGAUUAUUUCACUGUAUCACAAUUCCAGUGGGUCAGAUGUUUACAUACACUAAGUUGACUGUGCUUUUAAACAGCUUGGAAAAUUCCAGAAAAUGUCAUGGCUUAGAAGCUUCUGAUAGGCUAAUUGACAUAAUUUGAGUCAAUUGGAGGUAUACCUGUGGAUGUAUUUCAAGGCCUGCCUUCAAACUCAGUGCCUCUUUGCUUGACAUCAUGGGAAAAUCCCAAGACCUCAGAAAAAAAAUUGUAGACCUCAACAAGUCUGGUUCAUCCUUGGGAGCAAUUUUGAAAUGCCUGAAGGUACCACGUUCAUCUGUACAAACAAUAGUACACAAGUAUAAACACUAUGGGACCACACAGCCGUCAUACCGCUUAGGAAGGAAAUGCGUUCUGUCUCCUAGAGAUGAGGUUACUUUGGUGCGAAAAGUGCAAAUCAAUCCCAGAACAACAGCAAAGGACCUUGUGAAGAUGCUGGAGGAAACAGGUACAAAAAUAUCUAUAUCUACAGAAAAACGAGUCCUAUAUCGACAUAACCUGAAAGGCCGCUCAGCAAGGAAGAAGCCACUGCUCCAAAACCGCCAUAAAAAAGGCAGACUAUGGUUUGCAAUCGCACAUGGGGACAAAGAUCGUACUUUUUGGAGAAAUGUCCUCUGGUCUGAUGAAACAAAAAUAGAACUGUUUGGCCAUAAUGACCAUCGUUAUGUUUGGAGGAAAAAGGGGGAGGCUUGCAAGCCGAAGCAUACCAUUCCAAGCGUGAAGCACGGGGGUGGCAACAUCAUGUUGUGGGGGUGCUUUGCUGCAGGAGGGACUGGUGCAUUUCACAAAAUAGAUGGUAUCAUGAGGUAGGAAAGGUAUGUGGAUAAAUUGAACAUCCAGUCAGGAAGUUAAAGCAACAUAUCAAGACAUCAGUCAGGAAGUUAAAGCUUGGUCGCACAUGUGUCUUCCAAAUGGACAAUGACCCCAAGCAUACUUCCAAAGUUGUGGCAAAAUGGCUUAAGGACAACAAAGUCAAGGUAUUGGAGUGGCCAUCACAAAGCCCUGACCUCAAUCCUAUAGACAAUUUGUGGGAAGAAAUGAAAAAGUGUAGGUGAGCAAGGAGGCCUACAAACCUGACUCAGUUACACCAGCUCUGUCAGGAGGAAUGGGACCAAAUUCACAGUGGGAGCGUGUGGAAGGCUACAUGAAAUGUUUGACCCAAGUUAAACAAUUUAAAGGCCAUGCUACCAAAUUCUAAUUGAGUAUGUACACUUCUGACUCACUUGGGAAUGUGAUGAAAGAAAUAAAAGCUGAAAUAAAUCACUCUUUUCUGUUAUUCUGACAUUUCACAUUCUUACAAUAAAGUGGUGAUCAUAACUGACCUAAAACAGGGAAUUUCUACUAGGAUUAAAUGUCAGGAAUUGUGAAAAACUGAGUU